CAUUGGGAGUGCGAGGAGCUGCGCGUGCGGUCCGUUGUCUCAGUGUCAAAGAAUCUGAGGUGAUUAAAAAUGUCCAAUUAAAACAACAACCUUCUAUUCUAAUUAUGUGACAAGCGGAUGUUUUCAGUCUGUAACGAGUCAGGACCGUUUACGGUAAGCGAAUAAGGUACCAUUGAAAUGGUGACUGAGUGACAGCCGAUAUUGUAAAACAACUAGUGUUGGAACACUUCCCGAAUUAGUCAAAGGAAGCAUUUUCAACCCUCACAAAGCACAGUUUUGAUUGAAAAGCCCAUUCCAAAUCAGUGUUUGUGCAUCAUACUUUUUUCAGAGUGCAUGAUCCGACCCCUCCAUAGAUUCAAAUGGCUUGCUGUCUGAAGGAUGAGCUCUUGUGUUCCAUUUGUCUGAGCAUUUAUCAAGACCCGGUCAGUUUCGGCUGCGAGCACUACUUCUGUCGUAAGUGUAUCACUGAGCACUGGAGCAGGCAGGAGCAUCACGGGAUACGAGACUGCCCCGAGUGCAGGAGGACCUUCACGGAUCCGCUGCUGUCCCCGAGCCUGAAGCUCUCCAACAUCGUGGAGAGGUACGCCGCAUUCCCUCUGGACGCCAUCCUCAAUGCCCAGAGAAACUUGUACCCUUGCAAGGACCAUGAAAAGGUCAAGCUCUUCUGCCUAAGUGACAAGAGCUUGGUGUGCUUCUUCUGUGAUGAACCCGCCUUACACGAACAGCACCAAGUUACCACCGUUGACGAGGCCUAUGAGGAAAUACAGAGGGAGAUGAAGGAGCAGCUGGCAACUCUACAGGACAGCCAGAAGGGACACACAGAGGCUUUACAACUACUGCAGAGACAGCUCACUGAAACGAAGUCAUCAGCGAAGAGCCUUCGUGCCACAAUUGGCGACGCUUUUGAGCGAUUGCAUCGUUUCCUGCGGGAACGACAGAAGAGCAUGUUGGAGGAACUGGAGGCGGAUACGGCUCGCAGUCUCACCGACAUCGAACACAAGAUUCAGCGCUACAGCCAGCAGCUCCGUGACGUCAAGGAAGGAAUCCAGAUCCUUCAAGAGCGACUCAACGAAACCAGCCGUCACGAAUUCUUGGAAGGAAUAGCCCUCACCUCAGACAGAAUUAAAGGAAAGAUCCACGAAACGAACCUUACCUAUGAAGACUUCCCGACAUCCAAAUAUAUGGGUCCGCUACAAUAUACCAUUUGGAAGUCUCUCUUUCAGGAUAUCUCACCAGUGCCUGCUGCUUUAACCAUGGACCCCAUCACUGCUCAUCAGCGACUGAUAUUAUCAGAUGACUGCACCAUAGUUUCAUACGGUAACCUGCAUCCACAGCCACUUCAAGAUUCACCACGCCGUUUUGACGUGGAAGUGUCUGUGCUGGGAGCUGAAGGUUUCUUCAGUGGGGUCCACUACUGGGAGGUGAUGGUAUCUGAAAAAACACAGUGGAUGAUUGGCGUGGCCAAUGAGACGGUCAACCGCAAGGGUAACAUUCAAAUCCAACCCAGUCGAGGCUUCUACUGCAUUGUAAUGCAUGACGGUAAUCAGUAUAGCGCUUGCACCGAGCCCUGGACACGCCUCAACGUUAAGAGCAAGCUUGAAAAGGUGGGCGUCUACUUGGAUUACCUCAAAGGUUUGCUGAUUUUCUACAAUGCUGAUGACAUGUCUUGGCUCUACACGUACCGAGAGAAGUUUCCUGCAAAACUUUUUCCCUACUUCAGCCCGGGUCAAAGCCACGCGAAUGGAAAGAACGUGCAGCCCUUGCGAAUUAACACCGUACGUUUAUAGGAACUGAGUCAGCAGAUACUAGCGUGUACAUUAAAGUUUAUUUCUUUCAGCUUACCACAAAGCACUCUUGGGGCAGCCGACAUGGUACUGAAUGAAGUGAUCCAUUUGAUGAAUGUGACGCAAGGCUCUUUGAGUGCCUGGAGUUGGAACUUGAAGAGUAAAUCAAAUUGAGAGCCUUGCACUUUUCUGAGUGGUGCCUAUGGGCAUUUUGUACAUUUAGUGUUGCCAGUCAUUUGUAAUCUUGCCAUGGCCUUCUUGCUUUCCCAAGAUUUCCCCAGCUGUUUGCAGACAAUACACUGUCUUACAUCCCCUCAGCCCCUACAGGGUUCAAACGCUCCCUCUUUUAUGGCUUUAUUCUGGGAAAGAGCUUAUGUGUUGUUCUGACAGAAAUAUGAAAAUGUGUUGCCUGUUUUGUUUUGUGCAAUCGACUAGUGUGUUUGUGGAAUGGUCUGGCUUUGCAAUGCUACCCUAUCUGAUAUUUUGACACAUGGUUAAAUCUUGUGCACUGACAGAGACUAGUAAGGAAAUUUGGGACGAACUCUAUUGCUUUUCCUCCUGUUAGUUGCACGAUUGGUGAUUUUGGAAUUUUGCGUCCCUCAGGUUAUGCUCUCCACGACUGCAAUAAUGAUUGAUUUUGCAGUCAUGUUAAGGCUAGGGUCUACUUAGUUUUUCCCCAUGCCGUUACAUCUCGUGCACGAUUGAGCACUCUUUUUGACUGCAAGCCUGUUCGACUCAUGCACUCAACUGCUUAGUAAUACUCUUUAGUACAGUCAGCGGCAGAUGAAGUGCACAGACAUGCACUGUCCGUGUUUAGUAAAACUGGGCUGCACUCGCACUGUUCUCGAAACAUGCCCGUAGCUGCACCUGGAGAACAAAAUAUACUUUGGCCUUUAAUGAGUUGCGUGUUUAUGUGUGCUUGAAUGAUUGUGUUCGCUAUUAGAUCUAUCCAUUUUUAUGAAUCCCCGGCUCUAUUUCAUUCCCUUUUAGUUGAGAUUCAAGGCAGUGCUAGAGGAACUUGUAUGCCACUAUCGUAUAUGCUGCUGUAAUGAAAUAGGGGUCAUGACUUUGCGCAUUUGUACAUAUCGCAGGUGAUAGCUACACCUUUCCUAAAUUGGUGAUAAGUGCGUUCCUGCACUCUCUUUGUUUUCUUACCAUGGUAUUUUAUUUAUUCAUCAUCUGCUUACUGUCUUACUUUCUCUGAACAUUCCAGUGUUCAUGGUGUUCUGCUGCUUCUGGGACAUCUCAAUAUGAUGGCCGAAGUGUUAAAGAGGACACUGGGUUUCACACUCAGCCAUCUGUCAACUGUUACACAUCUAAUCAGGUGAUAAUUGUGCAAGAAGGCGGCAUGACUUUUCCAUUUAAAGAGCCUCUUAUCCAUGCCUCUUUAGAAAAGUGUUAUAAAUAUCCGCAGUUUUCAUGUAAAUAAUCAUCUAAUCCACUUUCAGGGAGAAAGCUGAAGAGGCUUUUUAAAGAAAUAUAGCUUUUUAAAAAGUCCAAAUAUAGUUUUAAAUGGAAACACUACACCCUGAAGAACUUUGUGUCAGAAUGCACGUGGAAAUGUUCUGCGAUUGCCCUGCAUUGUCACCACUUUUGCAAUGUCAGCAUUUGGUGCACUGAUAUUCUCCUUUGGUGUGUAUACUGGCCUGACUGUUGUAACACCCUGAGAAGCUUUUGUGAAUCCCCUGAGUUGCAAUUCCAAGUAAUUAUAACUCUUUUUCCAGUGAUGUUGCUGUCGCAAUACACCUUAGUGGAAAAAUUCCACUGAUCUUAUCGGAAAUGAUAGACAGACUUUGAAUCCAUUCCAUAUUUUCAUAUUUUAUUACGUACUUGAAGUUCUCCACUCCUGUUAUGAUGUACCUGUGUGUGCUGUCAUUUGUGGUGUUAAAGGGUAAAGAUGCAACUCAUGUUGUUGGAUGUGUUGGUCAGGGCAUUCAUGACUUAGACCUCAGUGGGGUCGGUAUUACACAAGGUUGCUGCUUGUGUUAUGUGAGGCAGUCAGAUUAUUAUUAUUAUUGUUAGGUGGUGGUGAUGGGUUCUUUAAGAUAUAUAGUUAUACAUACAUAUAUAUAUUGCUGAGGAUUAUAUUGUUGUUGGUGUUGAUGAUGAUUUGUGUCUUUGGAUGAAAGCUGCUUUGCACCCAUCAUUGUCUAAAUGCACUCUGGUGAGCUCUUGCUGCUAGAGGUUCAUGGAAAAAUGUUUUAAUGUUCAAUUAAAAAAAUGGAAAAACCAAAACAUUUCUGACUCUUCAUU